AUGCCGCCCAAGAAGCAACCAUAUGUGCCAGGCCUUCACCCCCGACCUGAUGACCUUGUGGAGCCAGAUCAGCAGCAAGAAGAAGCAUUGGCGGUUAUUGAAGAUUUUCUCUCUGGACGAAAGAAUCCGACUAUGUGCUUACAUGAAUACUGCGCUCAGAAGAAGCUCAAACUAGAAUACAAGCAAGAGGCAGUGGAGUUGAGACCUGGAGCGUUGUCAAAUCUUGGAGGCUUUGGGUUUCGGGCUGUGGUGGACGGCCUAGCUUACCCACAAGGUGUUGCCUCCACAAAGAAAGAUGCCAAGAAUGAAGCUAGCAGACUGGCCCUAAGGGUUCUCUGUGGUCUGGAUACCUACGAACCAAAGACUCCAACGCCUGAAUUAGAUGAUUUUCGAUUUGAGGAGGUCAGGUUUGUGUCUGAUGUGUGUGAGCAGAAGAACCUUGUCUACGACAAGAUGAUGAGCAAAGAUGAUGAAGGGAAGCAUGUUUGUACCGUGACAGUGACCUGCCUGGAUCCAUUUGUCGUGAGAAGCUUCAGUAGAGAGGAGGCGGUUGUCGGUGCCCAUACAGCAGCACUGCGUGCUCUGGGUGCAGUUUUUCCAACAGUACUCAACUAUGAUGUGCUUGUAUCUGCAAGCACCACGCCUCUGUUUACCUACCAAGCGGGGUCAGAUGGGGUGGGAUCUAGAAUCCCUGACCCCAACAUGGCGUUAUUGCGAGAGGAAGGAGCAUAUGAAGCGUUGGAUACCAGUCUGCAGUCACUUCCGGUGGACUUUGCUUCCUAUGAGCACCACAUUGCUGCCAUUUUUGCUGUCCACAAGCACUUGCAAGGAUUUCAAGGUGCUGGAAAACUAGUUGCGUUUGGAACUGGUAACAAUACUAUCGCUGUGGAGUCCCUGACCCUGGAUGGACAAUGUCUCAUCGACAGUUCUUGUCUGACAACAGCGAGGCGAGCUUUUAAACGGUAUCUGGCACAAGAAAUCAUCUACUGCUUCUCCAAGACCCAGCCCUCAAUAUUUGAGAGAUGCCUGCAGGAUGUCACUCGUUUGCGGCUGAAAGAGGGCUUGAUUUUUCACCUCUACCUCAGCCACCCUCUGGAUGGUGACUACAAGGAGUCGCUGGCAGUGAGGACAAGUUUCACACCGCAGCAAAUGAAGGAAAUAGAGGCUGGGGCUCACUACCCUACGUUUACAGAUGACAUGCACGGGCAGCUGAGGUGUAAGAAUGAAGAAGGUGUGAUUGAAGUGACCAGCCAGACACCACUUCAGACAUCACUGAGUGCUGUCCAAAUGGCCAAUGAGAUGCGGGUGAUGUCAUCGUCUGACAAAUUGCUGCGAUGGAAUAUUCUGGGACUCCAGGGUGCAGCUCUGACCCACAUUAUUGAUCCCGUCUACUUGAGCUCUGUGUCGUUAGGUUACCAUGACAACCCUGACCAUGGCCACUUAAGCCGAGCUAUAUGUUGCCGGGUAUACAAUGACCUGGCAGAUAAGCUUCCGCCGCCCUACAUCAUCAACCACCCAGCUCUCUCCUUUGUCCUGAAAGAUAUGAAGAGGAAUACCCGCCCGGACAUAGCGGUUACCCAGGACAGCAUUAACUUUAACUCUCAUGACAAGAAGAUUGAGCUGACCGAUGGCCUGACCGGGCGUGGUCACAUAUUGUCACCGUUUAAAGUCUCUGAUCAACUGGUCAGUCGGCAGUGCAAAGCUAGCCAGCAUUUCACUUGGUUCCGCGACAUCUGUGCCCAGGAUGGAGGCUACAGACAGAAGAUCUUCGACCACAAGUCUCCAAACCAGGUCAAGACUAUGGCACAAGCUUAUCAGGCAGCAAAAAGAGAGUUCAGGUACCACUGUUUGGAAUGUAGCAUCGGAGAAUGGAUCCAUGCGCCUCCGGAACUAGACAUGUUUACACAAUGUGCUUAG